UACUGACUUUAAAACCUAAGCGACGUUGAAUCUCUGUGUCACAACUUAUUUGGUCCCUUUGCCUUUUUAGAAAACAACAUUUAGGCUGUGAAGAAGGACUCUGUGUUCUUUUCGAUGGACAUAUAGUUCUGUAUAUCUACUCUUGGAGGACAGUCAUCCUGAGGUAUAAUAAAAUGUGAAGCCGGGUGAACUCUGCCUUCGAUAAAGUUACACUUACUGGAGGACAACUACUUCCAAAGAUGUCGAAUAAAUCCACGACCAAGACCCCAUGUCUCGUUCAAGACUGUGAAGAGAUGGACGAAAAUAUUCCACAUGGAUUUACCAUUGUUCAGUUGGAGGAGGUGCAACAAAAUAUGGAAAAAUAUGGGAAAAGUCCAGUCCAGAGCACACCGAGCUGUGAUGGACGGAGUCAGAACUCCCGCAUAUCCGGCUUCCACUCUGCAUUGACCCCGAUUGUGAAGUUCUUGAACAUUGGGAAGCCGCGCCAUUCAAAUGAACCUCAGAGAAAUGCAAAUAACGGUGUUCAGGGUAUGACUUUAUUUUCUUUUGGGAACAGUGGUGCAGUAGCUCCAAAGUCGGUCAGCAGUGGUUCUCAGGCUUCUGCGAAAUGGUAUGAAAUUGAUCCAGAGAUUCCUCUUCUAGAAUUGACAUGUAAUUCUACGAUGGCCCUUUCCAGAAUCGAAUCGCCACACUCAGACCACAGUCCACAGACUCCAGUCUCAGCAAGGAAAAUGAUAACAGAGGAGCAGGUUGUUGAUGUUAACCUAAACAACAUGAGUCCCAAUGCUACCCUAAAUGUAGAGGGAUCUUGUAGACUCUCGCCAGGUGAGAAACAGCAAUUGUUGGAGUUAACCCAGGAGUUUUCACAUCAGCACGGCUUGGAGAAAAGUGGACUUUCGUUUGAGCAAACCGCUGCUGAAGGGGGGGCGGACAUUCCCAGUCAAAAUUCCACUGAAGAAAUGUCAAGUAUUUUAACUGGUAGUGUAACCAGAGACAACUCAAUCGCUGAUAAAUCAUUGAUGGAGAAAACGGAGGGAAAUGAUGAAAAAAGACUGGAAGUAACUCAAGACUUAUUUGUGGAUUGUGGUCCAGAAAAUGCCAGGCGUUCUUUAGAAUCUGAUGAAAGACUUGCAGCCAGUAUAACUGCUAGUGGUCAUCCUGCGAAUGUUACUCAUGACCUGAACCUGCCCACUGACACAUCUGCUCUGCACACUGCGUCAAAGUCCCUUUCCACUGACAACGGAAGUGUGAACAAUGGCACGUUAGAGCUCCAUGUUGAAAUUCCAGAGAGUGCAACAGUGAAUCUCACUCAUUCAAUCCAUGAGGUUGCUGAUUCAGAUCUUAACGGUAAAAAUCAAACGUUUGAAAUUGAUGUUGGGGAUCAGGCAAUACCAGUCAACACCACCACUGAGCUGUCUUGCCCCCAAAAUGUGACGAUGGAUGUAACAACUAACCAUGGAGCACAAACCCAGGACAUUGAAACCAUAUCACUCAGUAAUGAUACCUCAGGCUUUGCUAAAAAUGACUGUGGUGCCUGCAUUCAGAAUGGUACAAUGGAUAUCCUGCCACCAAAUGUCAGUAGUUCAUCCAUGAAUAAUGAAGCUGACUCAGUCACCUCUACUAGGAGUUCCCUAACAAAGGCAAGUGAUGAGUGUGAAGCAAAAGUCACUUUUGAAAGCGAAGAACUGUCUCAACCCAGUGAGGAAGGAAAAGAAAAUGUGUCUCCUUCAAAAACGAGCAGCACUUUGGUAACAGAUACUCAAAACAUUACAUUUGAAAGCAAAACUUCUAUCAGAAAUAACACCACUGUGACCAUACCAGAACCCGAGCCAUGCAAUAAGCACCAACUUACUUGUGACAUGGCUUCUCCUCAGAGCUGCUGCAACUCAUCAAGCAGCCCUAAAAGCAAUGAAUCUAAUGCUUUAAAGUGCACGAGCCAAGCUGAAGAACGUGCUUCAUCAGUAGAAAAAACAAGCACGGUUCUUCCCACUGAGAGCGUUGCUCAGGAUUCUCCACCGAUGAGCGCAACUUCAAGUACAGACACGACUUCCGCUCAAAGUCAGAAGGAUCCACUACAAUCGAGUCUCUCUGACUCUCUGGGGCUUCACAUGACGGGCACGGACAAGCCAAGUGUUUUCAAUUUAGAUGACAGUCUGGACUUGAGGUCAGAUUACAUGGUCACUUCAACGCCAAUGGUUGAUAGUAAAACAUUCAGUUUCGUUGACAAGCAGGAAGAGAGAAAAGUGGCUCAGAAAAAGCUCUAUGGGGAGUGCCCCAGCAGGCCUGCUGCUCACCCCGCUUCAGCUCUGGCCUCCAACAUCGUCUGCGACAGGAAGACCUUUCUUCCGCAGCCCACUUCUAAACCCACCUGGCCUAAUUCAAAAACGUUAACCCUGCCAACCAAAUCCAAGCCCACGUCAGUUCUUCCAGGCCGCACUGAAUCUCUGAUGUCACGUCUGCCCAUGACAAGGCCAAGAACUCAAGUUGAAGUUACGAGUACUCCAUUUACAUCUGAGGCUGUACAAGAGAAGUGUGCCGGAAAAUCAGGCCCUCACAUUGUCCGCUCCGCAGUCACAGGGCCCAAACUGUUGAACACAGGAUUGUUGAAGCCUCAAGCCAGCCACAUUGGAUCUGGGAUCCAGAGAGUUGGACUCCAUCUGAGGCCCUUAUCAGCCAGAAAUAAUGCUUCCUCUCAAGGCAGUGACAAACUUCCCUCUGCUGCUGUUCCUGUCAUCCCAAAGGCUGCAGUAACAAAGAAACAUCCUCUUGCUCCACAGGAAACGCUUCCUAUAGCCAAGAAGCAGAAGACUGAGCUUUCAAAUAGGACUGAAGCCUCUGUAUCCUCCUCUGACGUGACAAGCCGAGUGAAGAGGCUGAGGCAGCCGUUGACAGUCCAGAGGACUUUACCUGCUAAAACGGAGGAUACUCGAGGUCAAUGUGAAGGAUUUGCAUCUCGUGACAGUGCCAGCAGGAGCAAAUUACAGAAACAGCCUUCUAAAGUGUGUGCCAACUGUGUUUUGUUGGAGCAGCAGCUCAAAAUCAAAUGUGAAGAAUUACAAAGACUGAAAGCAGAGCUGCUGAAGUAGAAUAAAAGAAGACCGCUGACAUUAUUCACCGACCAACACCAUUGCUUUUAUCCCUCUGGUUGAGAAUAUUAUUAUUGAUUUUAUUAAAUAAAGUUUUGACGUGUUCAUUAUUUUGUGUUUU